CCAUUAAAAAAAAAGUCUGAUUUGAAGAUUUGACCUACGUCACUUCCUGUCCUGCGCAGACGUGACGCGAGCCAAACAUGGCGACGGUGCUUGAGAAAUCUACGAAAGAACGGCUGCUGUCUGUCGUGGAUGAUUUGGAGGUUUUGUCCCGGGAGUUGAUAGAGAUGUUGGCUCUGUCCAGGAGCCAGAAGCUGCCGCAGCCAGGAGAGGACACCCAGAUCCUGGAGCUGCUAGUGCAGCGGGACAGGGAGUUUCUGGAGCUGAUGGAGGUAGCUCAGCAGCAGGGGAAAGUUCACCAGGAGAUGCAGCUGCUGGAGAAGGAGGUGGAGAAGAGAGACAGCGACAUCCAGCAGCUCCAGAAGCAGCUAAAGGAGGCGGAACAUAUCUUGGCCACUGCUGUUUACCAGGCAAAAGAGAAACUCAAAUCCAUUGACAAAGCCAGAAAAGGAAGCAUCUCCUCGGAGGAAAUCAUCAAGUACGCUCACAGGAUCAGUGCCAGUAACGCUGUGUGUGCGCCGCUCAACUGGAUUCCAGGGGAUCCACGCAGACCCUAUCCCACUGACCUGGAGAUGCGUAGUGGAAUGCUGGGCCACAUGGCCAACCUGCCGACCAAUGGCGUGAAUGGUCAUCUGCCAGGUGACGCUCUGGCUGCUGGGCGGUUGCCAGACGUCUUGACGCCUCACUACCCCUGGCAGUCCUCGGACGUCUCAGUGGGGAUGCUGCCUCCUCACCAUGGCAACGACUUUGGCUUGGAGCCCCCGGGUCACAACAAGGAGAAUGAGGACGACGUGGAGGCCAUGUCGACCGAUUCUUCCAGCAGCAGCAGCGAUUCAGACUGAGUGCGUGUGUGCGUGUGUGCGUGUGUGCGUGUGUGCGUGUGUGCGUGUGUGUGUGUGUGUGCGUGACACAACUGAGCAACACCUCAUCGAGUAUCUUUGGUUCAAAUCGUAGUCUACACGAGGUAAUUGUAAAACCUUGCAUGCUCUGGACUACACCAUCAUUAUUCUCAGCUGUUUUCUCUUAAGUUUCCCUUCUAGUUUUUACUAAAUAAGGGCCAUCUUUUAUGCACAUUUUGUAGAAUAAGCCAGUUUGUAAGGGUAGCAUUGAAUUCUUUUUUUGAUUCCUGGAUUGCCAUAAAGUUAUAUUUGUGUUUUAACUCCUCUUCUCUGGACUUCUCAUAACUAGUACACUGUGGCCCAGCAAUUGAAGGUUUGAAGAAAUCAUGUCAAUUAAUCUUAAUAUCCUUCUAAUACACACAUACUGGAGCUGAGAGAGAAACCAAACCUUAUUUUGACCUCUUUGGUGACCGGUUGUGUUUGAGUGCGCAACCCAUUUUUGUCAGUUUUUCCACGAAUGUUCCUCGUGAAGCGUUGUUUGUUGAACAACAAUAUGGAUUAUUGCUGUUGGUUUACCUCUGUGUAAAUAAGAUUGUACAUACUCAGCCUUGUAAAUAAAUACUUUUUGAAUAGAAUGUGUGUCUGAGUGUAAUUGCAAACCUUUAUAAAGGUGAAAAAUAAUGAAUUCAGAUAUGGAUUACUUCACAUACAUUGUAGAUGUACACAAGCAAGUCAAAAAUAUCCAGCAAAGAGCAGUUGAUUGUUUAAUAUGGAUUUUCCUUUUAUGUAACUAAACUUUUUCCCAUUUCAGUUCUCUUUUCAUACAAUAUGUAUUUGUAAAAAAUGUGAGUGAAAUGUGAUAACAUGAACAAUGAAGUUCUUUUUUCUCUGAUACAAUUCAGUCACACGGUGUACAUGU